CGCAGCAGCAGCAGACACCGGUUGAUGAGAUGGUCCACUCGGUAUUACACAUCUAAUGGACCAACAAAGAGCGGCUGCUCGUCCAGCACUGAGUAGUAGGAGGUAAACUCCAUAGACUGUAACUGUGGACUACUAUAACCAGACAGGUGAGGGCAUUUUGACCGUCUUUAUCCGUCCGCGUCACCCCGCACCGUGACAAGAAGACCCGACUGUUGUCUCACCGGCGACAACCAUGAGCCAGAGGUUCACCGUCUCCAAGAGCGACGGCGACCGGCGCCCCUCCGACAUGCAGGGGGAGGUGAACCAGCUGUUUGAGGGAGACGAGCCCCCGACCAGCAGCAGCAGCGCGGAGGGACAGGCUGCUACUGCAGCUGGUACUGAAACGGUGCUGGUGCUGAAAGGAGACAGUAACCCCAAGGAAAGCAGCCCCUUCAUCAACAGCAGUGAUGCUGCCACAGAGAAGACUCAGCAAUAUGAUCGCAAGAACAUGGCCUUGUUUGAGGAGGAGAUGGACACCAGCCCCAUGGUGUCAUCUCUUCUCAGUAGCCUGGCCAACUAUUCUAACCUGCCCCAAGGUAGCAAGGAGCAUGAGGAGGCCGAAAACAAUGAGGCUGAGUCAUCACGCAAGAAACCUGUUAAGGCUCCCCAGCUCGGCACACUGAUGGGCGUUUAUAUGCCGUGCAUCCAAAACAUCUUCGGAGUCAUCCUGUUCCUCAGGAUGACCUGGUUGGUGGGAAUCGGAGGUGUCAUUGGGACUUUCAUCAUCGUUUUCAUGUGCUGUACCACAACCAUGCUGACUGCCAUCUCUAUGAGUGCCAUCGCUACCAAUGGAGUAGUGCCAGCUGGAGGCUCCUACUACAUGAUCUCCCGUUCACUGGGCCCUGAGUUUGGGGGAGCGGUCGGAAUCUGUUUCUACCUGGGGACCACGUACGCUGGAGCUAUGUACAUCCUCGGAGCUAUUGAGCUCCUGUUGAUCUACAUUGCGCCCAAAGCAGCCAUAUUUCCCCUGGAGGGCCUAGAGGGUCCUGAGGCCGAGGCCGCCCUGCUUAAUAACAUGCGUGUGUACGGGACCAUCCUGUUGACCUCCAUGGCCACAGUGGUGUUCGUUGGCGUAAAAUAUGUUAACAAGUUGGCACUCGUGUUUCUGGCAUGUGUCAUUCUCUCCAUCUUGGCUGUCUAUGCCGGAGUCAUCAAGACCGCCAUGGAUCCACCUGUAUUCCCGGUGUGUGUUUUGGGGAAUCGCACUUUGGUGUGGAAGUCCUUUGAUGUUUGUGCCAAGACCAUUGAGACAGCUAAUGGGACAGUCACAACCCAGCUGUGGCAGAUGUUCUGUGAUUCACCUUUUCUCAACGCUACCUGUGACAAAUACUUUGUCGCCAACAACGUGACUGAGAUCCAGGGCAUCCCUGGGGUCACUAGUGGAAUCUUGGCAGAUAACCUGUUUGGAAACUACUAUGAGAAAGGGGACCUCAUUGCCAGGGAUAAGAUGGAGUCAGUGGAAGACCAGGACGAGCCUCUAACCAACGCUAACCGCUACGUGUUAGCUGACAUCACCAGCUUUUUCACAUUGCUGGUUGGCAUUUACUUCCCGUCUGUGACAGGGAUCAUGGCUGGAUCCAACCGUUCUGGAGACCUGCGUGAUGCACAGAAGUCAAUCCCCAUUGGAACAAUUGCAGCCAUCACCACCACCUCCACUGUCUACAUGUCCAGUGUGGUUCUGUUUGGUGCCUGCAUUGAGGGUGUGGUCCUCAGGGACAAGUUCGGAGAGGGCGUCCAUGGGAACUUAGUGAUUGGCACAUUGGCUUGGCCAUCACCAUGGGUGAUUGUGAUUGGCUCUUUCUUCUCCACCUGUGGAGCAGGCCUCCAGAGCCUGACGGGAGCGCCUCGUCUCAUGCAGGCCAUUGCCAAGGAUGGCAUUGUGCCCGCUCUUCGGAUCUUUGGCCACGGGAAGGCCAACGGAGAACCCACAUGGUCCCUCCUGCUGACGGCUUGUAUCUGCGAGAGUGGGAUCCUCAUUGCCUCCCUGGAUUCAGUCGCUCCCAUCCUCUCCAUGUUCUUCCUGAUGUGCUACAUGUUUGUGAAUCUGGCAUGUGCCCUCCAGACACUGCUGAGGACACCAAACUGGAGACCACGGUUCAAGUUCUACCACUGGACUCUUUCCUUCCUGGGGAUGAGCCUGUGUCUUACUCUUAUGUUCCUCUGUUCCUGGUACUACGCCAUUGUCGCCAUGGUAAUUGCCGGUUCCAUCUACAAGUAUAUCGAGUUUGCAGGUGCGGAGAAAGAAUGGGGCGAUGGAAUACGGGGUCUGUCUCUAAGUGCUGCACGUUACGCUCUCAUGCGGUUGGAGGAAGGUCCCCCACACACCAAAAACUGGAGGCCUCAGCUGCUGGUGCUGGUCAGUACAGAUGCAGAGCAAAAUGUGGAGCAGCCUCGUCUGCUUUCUCUGACCAACCAGCUGAAGGCAGGCAAAGGUCUAACCAUUGUUGGGACAGCUCUAGGGGGCACGUUCUUGGACAACUAUGAACAGGCACAGCGUGCAGAGCAGGCACUGCGUAAGCUGAUGGAGACAGAGAAGGUGAAGGGCUUCUGUCAGGUGACUGUGUCCUCUAACCUGCGUGAUGCUACAUCACAUCUGCUCCAGGCCAGUGGGCUGGGAGGCCUGAAACACAAUGCUGUCUUGGUCUCAUGGCCACGCAACUGGAAGCAAGGAGACGAGCAUCAGCACUGGAGGAACUUCAUUGAGCUGGUCAGAGAAACUACCGUCGCUAACUUGGCUCUGCUCGUCCCAAAGAACAUCGCAGCCUUCCCAUCCAACGGCGAACGCUUCACAGAGGGUCACAUUGACGUCUGGUGGAUCGUCCAUGAUGGAGGCAUGCUGAUGCUGCUGCCCUUCCUGCUCCGCCAGCACAAGGUUUGGAGGAAGUGCAAGAUGCGCAUCUUCACUGUGGCCCAGAUGGACGACAACAGCAUCCAGAUGAAAAAGGACCUGACCACAUUCCUCUAUCACCUCCGUAUCGAUGCUGUGGUAGAAGUUGUAGAAAUGCAUGACAGUGACAUCUCAGCCUACACUUACGAGAAGACCCUGGUGAUGGAACAACGCUCGCAGAUGCUUAAACAGAUCAAUCUGACAAAGAAUGAACGUGAGAGAGAGAUCCAGAGCAUCACUGAUUCAUCCCGUGGGUCUAUCCGGCGUAAGAACCCGGCUGCUGUAACCACCCAACUGAGUGUGACUGAAGACCCACCUGCUGGCAGCAAGGAGGAGAAGCCCGAGGAAGAGUCAAAGUCGGCCUCUUCCCCUGUGUCCCCCCCUGCCCAGGUUCAGCUCAUCCAUGACAAUACCACCCCGGCCAGCCCUGCAACCCCAGCCACUCCGCUGACCCCUGGAGAGGGGGCUCAGAGCCCAGGGGAGCAGGUCCAGAUGACCUGGACUGAGAAGUGUGACGGCGAGCCAGCCAAGCCGCCCGGAGCAGCAACACCAGAGGGCAUCAAAGACAUCUUCAAUAUGAAGCCUGAGUGGGAGAACCUGAACCAGUUCAAUGUGCGACGUAUGCAUACAGCUCUCCGGCUGAAUGAGGUCAUUGUUAAAAAGUCUUCAGAGGCCAAGCUAGUCCUCCUCAACAUGCCAGGGCCACCCAGGAACCGGACAGGUGAUGAAAACUAUAUGGAGUUUCUUGAGGUCCUCACUGAGGGCCUGAACCGAGUCCUCCUAGUCCGUGGAGGUGGUCGCGAGGUCAUCACUAUCUACUCCUGAAAAAGCAAACCCCCUCCCCUCAUUAUCACCCCUCUCUCAGCCCUGCUCCUGUGUCACCCGUACCCAAACCCUCUCAUCAAUGCUGCACCAUUAUUAUAUCAUUCUUACAGUUUAUUUCUAUGACAUAGUCCUCUCACACCCAACCAAAUAACCCAGCUCAGCUUCAGCACCUCUCCCCAAGCUCAAACCCCAGCAAACCAACAAGCAGUAUUAAACACUAAGCUACUCUCACUCCAGGCAAAAAAAACUGCUAUAAAUAGUAUAGGCUCUAGACUGAAUUAGAUGCUAUCAACAUUUGUUCUUGGAGACGUUUUUUGCUUUGCAAGAUUGCAGUCUGCUACAGAAACUCACACUGAGUCGCAGUGACUCGGUCAGGAGGAGGUGGUGAUGGGGUCUGCAUGGGUUGUUAGCUGAGGUGUGAGCACACAUGCAUGUAUGUGUCUCUUUGUUUUAAUCUAGGUAGAUUUUAUUUAUUUUUUUCCCCUGUUCGAACACAAAUGUGGCAUAGACACGGCUUCUCCACGGAGAGAUCGAGAGCCAGCUGAAAUGAGAUCAAUGUAGGAUUGUCUAUUCGGUUCCCUCAUGGUGAUUGGACACUUCCCACAGCGUUCCAACCUGCUGUCUACGAUGUGAAUAACCGUUCAAGGCAAAAGAUACUUCUACCCACAGUCAGUGUCACCUGCUGGAGGACGUAUGUAUGUGUAAUUCACAAUGGCAUUUGAAAAAAGUGAAAUGGCAUGUGGAUCAGACUUGCAGUAUUAUCUUUAAAUUGAUGCUCCACUCGUUCUGUUGAUUCCAUCACCUACACUCCUUUCAGCUCAUUUCUUAGUGGCUGUUUAUCCCUGUGGCCACUGUUAGUGCCAAAAAAUACAAGGCUAGCUUAGUUUGUUGAGAUUGACACACAAUUAAACUGUGAAUAGUGCGUUUCCUAGCAGAAGCCUGGUGUGACAGCGGAGUGGGGAGACAUGACAAAGCCCCCUCUAAGGAGAUUAUCAGCGCCAGCACCCCUCGACCUCUCGUGUGGAUCACUGUAAAUAAUGUACAAGCUCUGACGCGUUGUUCAGUAUGAGUGUAGUAUUUUUGUGACAUACUAAAAAGAUUCUAAUGGAGAGGAAAAACGGAGACAGCUCAAAACAGCUGCUUUUAAAAAAAAGUUAUUUAUUUAUUUCUUUAUUGGAUUUAUUUAUUGGAUGGCUCCUUUCACUAUGAUAAGCGUCAUUGUAACCUCGACAAAGCACUGCACCUGCACUGUCCACCACUGUGCGACGAGUGAAAUUUUGAUGAUUUCAUCAAGUUCAUUAAGAAAAAAAAAAUACUAAAUGUUAUUUUUUCAUGUAGAGAACAAAUAUGUAUUUACGUUUAUAGACUGAAUUUACACAUAUUGAUGAAAUAGCUGUAUAUCAUCUUGUCAUUCAUAGCUCUGCCACUGUUUUGCCAAACUUCAAUACAUUAAAUGUGCCAUAUCAAAGUUUUUUCAGAGAAGUGGUAAACAAAAUUCUGCCGAUUCAAGUUAGAGAGAACAAAGUGUCGUAAAAAAAAAAAAAGGUAAAAGGAGGCGUCUACGGGAAACUAGCAUGGUGAUGACACUAGUUGGAAUGUCACCCUAUAGAUAAUUAAAGAAUACAUGUUCAGCCCUCCAUAAAACGUCCAGCUGUUGUCGAUAUCUGCUCUCGCCGAGUUGAGUUUUUGAACAUCUAUUGGUUAUUUGUUUAUAGGGUCUAGCCUAAAUAAAUAGAGAGGACAAUGGCUUCUGUAGCUACUCACUUUGUCCACAAGAAUGAACUCUAUGCAGUAGACUACUCUCCAGUGAGAUUUUCUAUUCUAUUUGAUUGGUUAAGAUUUGAGCCACAUACAUCCCUGUGACUGAAUGACUUGUGAACAAAUCAUAUUUACGUUUGAAGAGUGCAUUUUUGAAGGAAUGUGCAAUGGUUGAAAUCUGGACUCACGUGAUCACGUUAUUUAUUUUUUUACACAUAUAUUUUGUAUAUGUAGAUUUCGUAAGUCUUAUAAAAUCCAAAAUCAUCUCACUCUGACCAAGGACAGCUGUCACUUUACUUUGAUUGCUCCUGUUUCUUUUCUUAAAGAAACUGUUUUUGGUCAUUUGCACUUCUAGUAGAAAUAUACAGUAAAUAUAAAUAAACAUAUAUAUAUAUAUAUAAAAAUAUAUAUAUACAGUAUAUACGAUAUAGGGAAGCAAAACAAAUUAGUUUCUAGAACUAUUUACAAACAGUAUUAAAUGUUUUUAGUGUUGCUUGAAUGUCGGACCAUAUGUUGUGAAUGCUGCUAGUAUCUAUAGAUUUAUUUGUACUGUAAAUAGAGAUGAGAUAAAUCAACAUUAAAGAUAUAGUAAAAAGGGUAUAGACAUACAUAUCAGCGGUGGUAGCGGUGGUUAUCUAACAAGACACGGCUGUACCUGUACACAUUUGGCCCGUGAUCUCUCGACAGGGUUAGCUUUCUGUUUUAUUAGAAAACUGUACUGAAUACCUUGAUGCAAUAUUACAACUGAGGGCAAAACCGUCACCCUUUAUUGUCUUUUCUAAAACGUGCUCUCGUAAUUACUAUCUUUAAUCCCCUGAGUAAAGCGAACCAGUUUUAGGGGAACAGGUUUUCUGUUUAGCACUUUUAAAGAAACCGAGUGGAAUUGCCAAAAUAUUAAAACAUGAAUAUUUGUUUUGAGACUUUUAAACACACCUACCUGUGACACCUGAAGACAAGUAGCCCACUCCUAGUUUCAAAGAUUUCUCUGUGCCAAGUGAUAAAGAAUUUAUUUAUUAUGCUUGUCACAAAAAAGCGGGGAGGGGGCUGUUUGACACUCACACCUGUUUUUGAAGAACAUGGUUAUUUUGGGAUUGUCUCUACAACAUUGCCUGCAUCAACUGAGCCUUUUAAAUUUAUUCAAAAGAAAAGAUAUCUGAUGUUUAUUGGAGAAGUUUAUUGGAAAUAAAUUUAUUUAUGGAAUUAUAAAUGUUUUAUAAUUGCUGUUUGCAUGGUACCAUGUGGCAAUAUUUGUUUUAGUGAUUUUAUAUCGUGAUGACUUACAUGUUUUAAGGUGCAGAGUCAGAGUGGUGGAGAAAGGUGUCAAACGUUCUCAAUGAGUUUCCGAUUUUGAGAACUCAGGAGUGUUGCCGCGCAGUCGGCAGCAUGGUUUAACCUUGAAAAUAAGUUUUUUUGCAAAAAACUCAAACAAAAAACAAAAACAAAACAGGAAAAAGUAUGAGUUCACUAUAUUGUUAAUCGUUAUAUUUCAAUCUCGCUCAAGUAGUCUUAUGUAAUGUGAUAGAAGAUUUUGAGUUUGCAAAUAGACGAGCCUUGGGAAUAGUCAUUUCACAUUUUUGUAAAUAUGAAUAUCACAAAUCAAGGACACUGUAAUCUGCUAGUGUUGUCUUUUGUUGUACACUGUUCUAUCACUGUGGGCAAAGUCUUAGAGUUUUGUAAGAUUAUGUGCAAUAUUGCUCUCAUACCGGUAUUUUUUUUCCCAUUUUGUCACAAUUUCAGUUUAUAUAAAUAACUGGAGAUGUCAGCAGUCUCUUAAAUUUUUAGAGUGUUUGUCACCAGGUCUUUUGGACCAGAAAAACCUAAAGUGUUCAAUCAAAAUGUGGCAGAGGCAGCACAGCACUUUACACUGAGGGGGCACUCUGUGAUGGAGGGGUCAGAUGGCAAAACAGCCAGCCUGCUCUGUACAGACUCUGUCCCACAGUGAUCCCUGGUGGCACAAGAGUGUAUUUACAGCCAGCUGUGGCGGUCUGACAGCUCAGACUAAAAAAAAAUAAAAAUAAAUCAUGAAAUCCCAUCAUCUCGCUGCGGUUCCCAGCUGCAACAGUUCAGACACCUACCUGUUAAUUUUGUUUACAUCUUAUCAUUUGAGCAUUUUCUUGGACAUUUUUAGCAUGCAUCACCUUUUUUUUUCCUUGCCAAACUUCUUUAAAAAGAAUAAUAGUAACUGUUAAAUUUCUAGUGCUUGUCACUCAAUCUGUGAGGUGAGCCUUCCCAGAAUUCCCCCUCAACCCCACUCCUCAGCCCUUCUGCCCCAGCUCCCUGGUCUCCCCCAUCCCAACCACGAAAAUCCACCCCAGCUCUGUAUUUUAAAUGUGACUGCAGUAUAAUUCUGAGAAAUGAUCAAAGAAUAUAAAACUCGCGCUUCCAAACCUGGUACAGGCUCUGCUUGGACAAGGCGCGAUAGUCGACUUAAAAACCAGCACGUCCCUCUCCCCCCUGAACUGAUCCGUGAUUUAGAUCAGAUCUUUCACCUGCACAACUGUAGCAUGAGGCAAACUUGCCGGUGAUCAUUACCCAGUCUCCAUCCUAAAAUGGAUAUUAAGGGCUCUGAAACACAUCUGUUACCGGGUUGAGGAGGCUGUCGUGUUAGGACACCAACAGAGAAGUACAAAACUAAUCCCAGAUUAUUGCAGACGGGGGCACACAGUCUGUAGCUGAAAUAAGAUCAUACCCCCUCAAUAUUAUCUACACAGAAGCAUCAGAUGUGCCUGAUAUGGAAGGUAAUGCAACAGCUGCACUUACAUUUCACACAGUCGAUCUCUCUGGGAGUCAGAUGAGAAAAACUCGAGCGGCUAUUCAUGCAGUGCAAGCAGAGCCCCACUCCGGUUAUGUUGUGUAACUCAGUGCAUGCAUGCAACUACCCUGAACAAGGUGUAUUGAAAAUAUAUUGGGUGUUUGUGGUAUAAAAGUAUUUUGUUUAUAUCAGACACUUUUUUUGUAGUAGUAGUAGAAUAUUUUUUCCUUAGCACUGGCCCAUUGUAUCCCAGGAUGAAUAUUAUUCUAGUAUGAGAUUCUAUUUUUUAUGGUAGAUCUGUUGACAUGGUCCUCUCAUUGUGUCUAAUAGCUGGAGAUGAAGUGAUUACCAAAGUAUAUUUCAGUUAACUACAUAAAUGAGUGUGAAAAUGUGUGCUCCAGUGAAUUAGAUGAAGACACGCGAAAACUGUUUACCUUCUUAUCAAAAUUUGUAGCAAAUGUCACUCCCAUGAGAAUAUUGUUUCAACAAGGUAAAACAAAGAACACUGGACGUGCCAAGGUAUUAUAGGAGACGCCUGCUAAUUUUUAUUUUUAAAUGUUUGAAAAAGCAGUAAGUCUGCUGCCUGUCCAAAACUGGCGAUGUACCUCUUUUCAGUCACCAGUUUUGGUUUUAUUCAGUGUAUUGAUAGAAGUAUUUCCAACUACCAAAACUGCUUUGCUAUUUAGGCUUUUAAAUGACCUUAAGAGGACAAGUUGUGCAUUUUGGGAAGGGCACAGGUAUUGGUUUAUUGCAUUUUGUGCAAUAAACCAAUUACGGCUUUAUCAAAAGGUAUAUCCAUCUACCAGCAUUUCUGAAGCUCAAAACUAACACGCAUCUAGUUUGUGUGAUCGCUGCUUAGACCAAGGCUUAAAAACACAUCAUUUGUGAAAGGACUGUGUCUGGGCGUUAGUAAGUUGCUGGUCUUGACUAAUAAAGAGCACAGUAUGUAAUCUGUCAUUACAAACUUUGUUUUUUGUACGUUUUAAAUAAGGUGUACACACAAGUACUGAGCUUUAACAAAUGCCCAGUUUCAUUUGAACAGAUUCAGUUAUUGGAGAUUUGAGUUUUUCUGCUACAGACUCUCUUAUCCUUCAACUUUUUUUAAUGGAUAUUUCCCAAAAUGCAUUAUUCCGUAAUACUUGAUGGCUUUAACAAAAACAAAAACAAAAAAAAGAAAAAAGUAACCAGUACCAUAACCUUGUCACUGUCCAGACUUGUUUUUAAAUUCAUUGGACUUGUGGGAAACACUCUGUAUGGAUGCUUGGAGGGAAAAAAAAUAAAAAAUAAAAAAUAAAUGCACUGGAUGUAGAGGAUGUAUACAGCAUACACACAAAGACACACCUGUAUCAAAUUCAACAAUAUUGAAACAUUGGUUCAUUCUGAACCAUUCAUUACUUUUCCUUGAUACCGUACCCUAGUCUUAUGGUAAAGCCGUAGUGUGUUCCUUUCAGUUCUGUGGGAGUGUGUUUGUGUGUACAUGUGCACUUGUACCUGCUGGGGGCAGGGGUGGUCAUGGGCGAGGGUGGGAGGGGGCUACGUGUAAAUAAAAUACAGUUAGUGUGGAGGUGUUUAUUUUUUUUGUGUCAGUGCAAGUUAAAUAUUCUAAAACAAAAAAAAGGACAUGUAUUAUUCUCUAUUGUGGUUCAUGGUACAUUUAAAAGAAAAAAUAAAGAGGAAAAAGUAGUUUUA